AUGUCUUCUCUGGCGAAGGAAGGGGCCAACUCCUUAGAGCUUUUGGUCUCCCGACCUCAGGUGCUAACAGUGAGUUUGAAGAAGCAAGGAUCUCUGGGUUUGAAAAUGAAGUACAGCGCUGCUUCGGCUGGCAUCAUCAUUGACUCUGUCCUGCCUGAUGGACUGAUUGCGGACUGGAACCAGUCUCACCCAAAACAAAUUGCUCCGGGUGACCGUAUCAUUGCGCUGGAUGGUGUGACAUUGGCUGGGAAAAGCAUGUUGGAGGAAUUGAAGGUACGUUUGGGACACAUGGGACUGAACAUCGACCUGAGCAUUCUGCACUAUGACAUACUAUGA